CAUGGGCAGCCGGCGGCUGAGCGCGGGGCCGGCGGCCGCGCAGGCGGACGGGGGCCGGCCGCCCAAGCCCGAGAGCGCCUGGAGGCCGCCCCGGCGGGAAGGCUCCGCCGCGGCGCUGGAGGAGGAGGAGGAGGACGAGGAUGUGGUGGUGGAGGAGGAAGAGGAGGAGGAGGAGGGCGGCGUGGCGAGCCCCCCGCCGGCGCUGAGCGGCCACGGCAAAGGCCCCCUCAGGGGGGGCCUGAAGACAGCCAGCAUCAAGCGUGAAAUGACCUUCCCUGCAUUUCAACAGGAGGAUGUAAAAAGUGACUUCAAUCAAAAACUGCCAGAUCAGCAAUUUCUCCUGUUCACCACAAAGGAGGAAGAUUUAAAAACAGCGGAGACCAAAAAACCAAACAGAGUUCAUGAGUAUGAAAAGGAAAACACUCGUUCUAUUUGUCUUCUUGAACAGAAGCGCAAGGUUGUUUCUUCAAAUAUUGAUGUGCCUCCAACAAGAAAAUCUUCAGAAGAACUGGACAUGGAUAAAGUAACAGCAGCCAUGGUACUAACCAGUUUAUCCACCAGCCCUUUGGUUCGCAGCCCUCCUAUCCGACCCAAUGAAUCCCUAAAUGGAUCUUGGAAAGAAGGAGGAUUUGUGCCUUCUAGUACCAGCAGUAGUGGAUACUGGAGCUGGAACGCUCCCAGUGAUCAGUCCAACCCAUCUACCCCAUCUCCGCCUCUGUCAGCUGAUAGUUUCAAAGCUUUUCGAACACCUUCCCAGCCAGAUGAUGGUAUUGAUGAAGCUGAAACAAGCAACCUUCUCUUUGAUGAACCCAUUCCUAGGAAGAGAAAGAACUCAAUGAAAGUAAUGUUCAAAUGCCUGUGGAAAAACUGUGGAAAGGUACUGAGCACAGCUGCUGGGAUUCAGAAACACAUACGGACUAUUCACCUUGGACGUGUAGGGGAGUCUGACUACAGUGACGGAGAGGAGGAUUUUUACUAUACAGAAAUCAGGCUCAACACGGACUCAGUAGCUGAUGGCUUAAGCAGUCUUUCUCCAGUCUCUCCAUCUUUAGCAUCUCCUCCUUCCUUUCCUGCCCAAGAUGCAAUCCGUCCUGAAAUUUCCUGUGCCAAAACUGAGACUAAAUUGAUGACGCCCCUGAGCCGCUCAGCUCCUACCAACCUCUACCUCGUACACACGGACCAUGCUUACCAGGCCACUCCUCCAGUGAACAUUCCAGGGUCAACAAAAUUCACUCCUAAUGGCAGUAGCUUUAGCAUCUCUUGGCAGUCACCUCCAGUUACCUUCACCGGCAUUCCAGUGUCACCAACUCAUAAUCGUCCUGCAGGGAGUGGAGAGCAGAAACAGUCCCACACAGUUCUUUCAUCACCGCCUAGAGUAGCAUUUGGCUUGAGGAAGCCUAGAGGGGAGGGGAAAAAAUGUCGCAAGGUCUAUGGGAUGGAGAACAGAGAUAUGUGGUGUACUGCCUGCCGGUGGAAGAAGGCCUGCCAAAGGUUCAUCGACUAAAGAUUGGAAUUAUGCAGAGGAUUUGGGGAUGGGGGAGGACAGCAGCAGAACCAGAUUGCUGCAGUUGCACUGUAUUACUUCCCAUUCUCCCUCCAGUGAUGUGGUGUUUGGGUUUUUUAAUGGAUUUUUUUUUGAAGAGCUUUGUAUUUCAAAGUGAAGCACUUGUAGCCAAGGAGAAGCACUAAUCACAACCUGUGUGGAGCAAUAGAGCAAAAAAAUAAUAAAAAAAACAAAACCAGGAACAUGCAACAAAAUUCUGUCUUAACUAAGUAUUGAAACCAGAGCAGCUAUUAGUGUUUUUCUGUAAAAGAAAGGAAAAAAUUAAUUUUUUUGCUAACUCUAUGAACUACUUGCUCCUUAGGACCAUUUUUAACCGUUUCAGUCUCUGUGUUGUGAACAUCUGUAUUAACUAAACUGAACAAUUUUUCUUUUCCUGGAACGAAGAUCUUUCUUUUGAAAGCUUUCUAAUAAACACUUCAAAGUCAUAUAAGCUACAGUUUUCUCAACAAAAGCUGUACCAAGACUGGAGCCUGCUAAAUAAUACUCCUAAUAUGAAUGAUCAUGGUUAUAUGAUAUUUUUGGAAGGGGGAUGUGGGGAGGAGUUGGAUUUUUGUCUGUUUGUUUAUAGGAGAAAAGUCUGAUUUUGCAAGAAGGACAAGCAAUGUUCCUGGAAGAUUUUUAAACCAGACAUAGACCAGUAGAGUGGAACAAAGUAAUUUAAGUACCAAAUUGGAUUUUGAUCCUCUAGAGGAAGAAAAGCAGCGAUGAAAAGUCACCAGCAGAUGUUGUCACAACAGAAAUUGAGGGAAGAAAUCCACUGAUCCUUGAUUGAAACCCAUAACAAUAUAAUUGGGGUCCAGUAGCUUCUCUUACUGCUCUCCCUUUUUCUAGGGAGGAUUAACAAUUGGACCAGCUCAUCUAUUGCUGCAGAAGCCAUAUAAAGAACUGGUAAAUGCAGCCACUAGGAUUAUAUGGAAUAUCUAUUCAGGGACAUGAUCCAGCCCAGCAGUUCUGCUCAUGUUUCCUUUUCUCCUGUUCGAGAGAUUGUUGUUAAAUUAAUGGUUUGCUCAGUUUUUCUUUUUCAUUAAAGUUGCUAACAUCUAUUUUAUACAAAAAAUUGCUAGAGAAAAUACCCCCUUUCCACAACAUCAUCCCAGAAAGAGAAGUACAACAGCAAAGGAGCAACGUAUUUGUGGUAAAAGUCCAUUUUUUAACUCAUUUUCUUAUCUGAAUUAACAAGUUUUUAUACUGACAGUACUUGGAUAAAUUUGGGUACUUUUUAUCUUUGUCCAUUAGAAAAUAUAUACCUGAAUGCAGACAGCUGGUGUUCUGUCCCAGUUUACAGGGAAUUCCCAUUAAUUGUUACUUACAGUGGAAAAAUAAUAUGAGGAUUUCCUAGGAUAUGAAUGUAUACCAUUAAACAGUACUUGCCUGUGAAACAAAACAAGACAUCCACAAAGAAAACCACCCAAGCAAAAGUUUGCCUGUUAGUAGAGGCAUGCAGGCCCACUAAUUUCUGGAUUUCUUUUUCAUACCAUCUGAAAUGAGACCAGAUUUUUUUUUAAUUGUGUAAGCUGCCUGAUCCUCACUGAAAUAAGGGGACUUUGAGUAUCUAAACAGCUUUCUAAAAUCUGGUCCAAAGUUCACUUGAUAGCUUUACUAAGUGUGCAUUGCUGCUUAUGCCUAUGUAAAAGCACAAAGUGACAAAGCAGUUGCUUGGAACAUACACUGUGAAAUCAGUGUAGUAGUACUAAGCAGUAAAAUAUGUAAUAGGAGCCACUAAAGGAUAUCAUUAUUUUUCUUUUUGAACGAGUAAAUUGGGCAAUCAAAUGCCUAAUUUGAGCAUGCUAUUUCAGUUGUUUACAAAUUGUGUAAUUUAAAUGCACAAGUGGCAAGAUGUGCUUGCAUGCACACAAUUACUUGAUUUUGUGCCCAAUUGUGUUGUCAUAUAAAAAAAAAAAAAAGAAAUAGACUCUGAAAUCUAUUAAGACCCUGGAAUAUAUAUACAUAUGUAUGUAUAUAUAUAUAAAAUCUGGGAUUAACAGGGAGGAGAAAGUUAUUUUGUUUAUAAAAGAAGAAGCUAAACUUUGGUGGAUAUACAUAGCCAUUGCUUUAUUAUCUUUCCUUUUAGUAAGAUGUGGGUCAUGGUUUUUCUUUGCCUGUUGUAUUAUUUUAAUUUCCAUAGUAAAAUACCUCCUAGUAAUUCUUAAUCAUUUCAUCUUAAAACACUGAGUUUGCUGUUUGUGUAUUUACUUUGAGGGAACUUAGAAAAUCUGAAUCUUUUCAAAGAUAUUUGUACUAGCU